AUCAACAAUCGAUUAACUCUUCGUGAUUUUGGUUACCUUUUCCAACUGUACUAGUAUUUGACCAUAGAAUAGAUUUUCAUAGGUUUUCUGCUAUUAUCAUCAUUAGAAUUUAAUCUCGUAAUUUGGAUCAUUUUCUAUUAGAGAAAGCGGAAAUAACAUACAGCUUGGUUAAAAAAUCAAAAUUUAAACUAUUAUUUAAACACUAACUCAAACUCUAAAGUUAGAUUAUAUUGGAAUUUAAAGAUCAAGAGAAAUUCUUUCUUUUAACCGACGAAUUAUUUCUAAAUAGGAUCAUCUUUUUUAUUCUGAUGAUAAUUUCGGAACGACCAACAAUGCAAAUAUCUUGCUCAACAUCUAACACAUCAGGUUCUUCUAAUUCUUCUUCAUCGAAGAAAAAACCAUACAAAUCAGCUCUCCGUGAGGAGAUGGCAAAAACAUUUAACAAAUUUAUAGUUCAAGAAAGAGAGCAGAAAGUAAAUGGAGAAUCAAAGGCUAAACCUCUAUUUGUAACAACACCAUUAACCGCAGUAUGCCCAUCAAGUAAUAUCUUUCAACAAGGCUUAUCUCAAGAUACACCACAUUCUGCUAAAGCCAUCGGUAGUUUUAAUCAAAGUAUAUUUGAUUCAUUAUCAUCACCAACUCCAAAACAAACAACAGAAAUUAAUUCAUUCCAAUAUGUAACAUUCUCAGAAGAUGAUGAUGAAUACGCAAAACCGAUUGAUGAUCUAAAUAGUUUUAUACAAACAUAUUUAUCAGCAAUAAUUGAUGAUGAAGAAGAAUAUGAUGAUGGAGAUGGUUUUUCUCUCAUUACAUCAAAACCAAAACCUUUAAAAACAAAUUUUGACCUUGAUUCAACAACAAGUACAAUAAGCACAACAACAGAUUAUUCCUUCGAUGAUGAACCACCAACUCCAAAAACAAAACCAAAUAUUUCCACGUUUGGAGGUUGUGGUGGAUUUGGCUUUGAUUUUACUAGUUUGCCACCAAAAAACACAUUUUCAUUUUCUGAUGAUCAAGGAGAAUCACUGAAAAAACCACACAGUUUCACAUCAACAACAACAAAGCAAUUCCCUAAAAAAGCCAGUGUUGAUCUCUUUGCAAAACCAAUUCAAUAUGACAGAUUAGAUGAUGAAUUUCAAUCACUCAAAAAAUUUGAAACAAGAUUACAAAGAAAGAGUGGAAUGCAUACAAGUGCAUAUAGACAACAUAAUUUAACAAAGAAUAGGUAUAAAAACAUUCUUCCAAAUGAGAAUACAAGAGUAUUACUCCAAUCAAAGGAAAGAUGUGAACCUGGAUCAGAUUAUAUCAAUGCAAAUCAUAUUAUUACCCAAACAACUCAAAAUUUCAAAAGAAUUAAAUUAUCCCCUCCACCUACCUAUAUUGCCACUCAAGCCCCUUUACCUUGUACAUUUGCUGAUUUUUGGAGAAUGAUCGUUGAGCAUAAUAGUACAAUUAUUGUAAUGCUCAGUAGUGAAGUGCUAUCUUCAGAUUCAGAGAGUGAUGAAAGUAACAAUGCUGAUCAAUUUGAUCAAUGUUUUAAUAAGAACAAGGUGAAUAAGUAUUGGCCUUCACUCUACGAGAAAAAACUUUAUGGAGAUAUUGAAGUUGAAACAAUUUCGGAAGAACAAACAACUUAUGAUUUCGUUUAUAGACAAUUUUUAGUUUUUGGAGAUGGUCUGCCUGAUUCUGGUAAGAAGAUUCAUUUCUAUCAAUAUACAGGUUGGCCUGAUAUGGGAGUUCCAGAUAGUACAGUUUCAUUCUUUAAAUUAAUAGAGUGCAUUGACAAUCUGAUGACACAACCAAAUUACCCAAAUGGUCCAAUUACUAUCCAUUGCUCGGCAGGUGUUGGUAGAACUGGAACAUUUUGUACAAUACAUAUUCUCCUUUCUCAGUACAAGGAGUACCUAAGUUUACCAAAAGAAGAGCGAGAUAACGAUAAUCCGUUUGAUUUUAACAUUUAUAAAAUUGUAAAACAACUGAAAAAUUUGAGAGUAGGAAUGGUGCAAAGAAAGGAACAAUAUAGAUAUUGCUACUAUGGUGUUCGGGAUGGAAUUAAAGAAAUACACUCACAAUUUUUUUAAU